UGCGCGCCGGGGGACAUGGCGGCGGCCGUGGUCCGCGCUCUGCUGCGGGCGGGCGCCGGGAGGCAGCUGCUCGGGCCGCGGCCGGGAGCGGCCAGCCCGGGCCUGGCGCGCGACUUCGGCCUCUCCCAGAGCCGGGACACAGUGAUCGUGGAGCGCUGGUGGAAGGUGCCGCUGGCCGGAGAGGGGCGGACGCCGCGGCUGCACCGGCGGCAUCGCGUGUACCGGCUGGUGGAGGACACGAAGCACCGGCCGCAGGGCACCCUGGACCUCAUCCUCACGCGGUCCGUGGACGAACUAGGAGUCCGGGGCGACCUGGUGUCCGUGAAGAAAUCGCUGGGCCGGAACCGGCUGCUGCCCCAAGGACUGGCCGUAUACGCGUCCCCUGAAAACAAGCAGCUGUUUGAAGAGGAGAGAUUGAUGAGACAGAAAGGAAAAUUGGAGAAAAUCCAAACCAAGGCAGGGGAGGCGACAGUGAAAUUCCUAAAAAAUUGCCACCUGGAAGUAGGGAUGAAGAAUAACGUCAAAUGGGAACUAAGCCCUGAAAUAGUUGCCCGUCACUUCCUCAGAAACCUUGGUGUUGUGGUCUCCCCGCACGCAUUGAAGCUCCCGGAAGAGCCCAUCACACGGAGGGGCGAGUACUGGUGUGAGGUGACGGUAAACGGACUUGACACUGUGAGGGUUCCGAUGUCGGUGGUGAACUUUGAAAGGCCCAAGACGAAAAGAUACAAGCACUGGCUAGCCCAGCAGAGUGCCCAGGGAAGAGCCCCCAGCAGCUCCCAGGGGACUUGAGCUGCUCCCCCACGGGGCAGUGACAGCCAAGGAGCAGAGACAGGCUGACACCCCGAUCCGGCUUGCCAUGAGCUCUCGGGCGCCCUGCUGACAGCACACGUGCCCUUGCUCAAGUGUCCGCGUUCGCCGUCGCUGCUGUUGGCUUCUUCCCACGGUCGGGCUGAUGGGGCCUGUGUUGCAGCAUAAAUUCCAGGCUCUGGUCUUCAUGAAGAUCAAGAGAAGAAGCUGGGGGUCGGUAGACCAGGGCAGUCUCGAGCCUGGUCAGCCUCUUCCUUUGUUGGAAUUCACUGGGACACAGAAAGAACUGGCCCGUGUCGGAUUUCUAUCUCAGAAAUAAAGAGAUUGUGCUCUGA